UCCCCAAAACCUUACAAAUCCCAAAAAUCCAUCACCUAAGAAUGCACCACAUUUUCCUCAGUACCAAAGUGUUCCAUCACCAAAUCCCCCAAUAUCCAAAUCCUCACAAAUCUCAAAAACUUGCCAACCAAGAAUGCACCAGAUUUUCCUCAGUAACAGAGUAUUCCAUCACUAAAUCCCCCAAUAUCCAAAACCUCAAAACUCCCAAAAAUCCAUCACCUAAAAAUGUACCACAUUUUCCUCCGUAACAGAGUGUUCCAUCACCAAAUCCCCCAACAUCCAAAACCUCACAAAUCCCAAAAACUCGCCAACCAAGAAUGCACCACAUUUUCUUCAGUAACAGAAUCUCCCGCCAAUGCAUCUCACUCCGUCCCUCUCCUCUAAAAACCUCAGUCGCAAGAAGACCGUCGCAAAAGAAAUUGGUGAACAGUCAGGCGUGUGAUCCUUUCUAAACGAUGGAAUUAAUCGUUCGAAUUGUAUGCGGUUUAAAGACAAAUCGGCCCGAUCUUUUUUUCUCCGCGCGGGGUACCUACCGACCCCGCGAUACUACUUCUACACUUUCUCCCACCAUUUAUAAAGUUCGGUUCGUAUCUGGCACUCGUUCAGUCGUCCUGGCAGCACGUGUUUGGAAUAUUGGCCGAGAAAACGGCAGGGUUCAGAGCACAUGAAGUGACUUUGUUUGAAAUUUGUUCGAUUUGUGCGGCGAACGAGGCUCCACGAAGGGAUAGCAAGUUCUGGUGCCACGGGAAACGGAAGUUCGAGCUAACCGAAAAUGGAAAAAAGGACGUGGACAAGUAUCCUAAUCCUCGCUGUCUUAAUACUACAAGAAGCAAAUGGAAAAAAUAUUACACGACGUGAUAAGAGAUUUUCCAAAAAUUCAGGAAACAAGGAUAAGUUCUCGGAUUUGGAAGGAUCGGAGACUACAUACGGUUUCAGUAAUUUGAACGACUUUAGAAGCACAUACACCCCUUUCUCGUAUCAACCCACUGGAUACUCGCCAUUUUCGUACCAUGGGUUUUCAUACGGCUCCCUGCCGUACAGCACAAAUUACGACGUCCAUCGUGAGAUCUCGUGCGGCGACACAUUCCCGCGUAAUUGCGGAAAAUCGAGAUAUCGAACGUUCGAUGGUUCGUGCAACAAUCUUCACAAUCCUACAUGGGGUAUGGCGAACACCAGAUACGGACGACUUCUACCAGCGAAUUAUGGAGACGGUAUUAGAUCACCGACGAUUUCAGUGACUGGAAGCGAAUUACCUCUGUCUCGAAUGGUCAGCUACACCCUAUUUCCACAUGUCGACUUUAACGAUCCAAUAUGGACGCUGGCAGCAAUGCAAUGGGGCCAAAUUAUUACUCACGACAUGGGCCUGAUCGACGGAACCACCCAGUCAAAACCACACGCAACAUCGUGCUGCACCAGCGAUGGACAAGUAAUAGACCCAUCGCUGGUUUCCAACAUGUGUUACCCUAUGAUUAUUCCUUACGAGGACCCUGUCUUCAGCAAGGCCAACAUAAGGUGUCUCAACUUCGUCCGUAGUACAACCGAUCUUGACCGUGGCUGUUCCUCGCAAUCCAAACCAGCAGAACAGUUAAACACCGUGACACAUCUCUUGGAUCUGUCUCUGGUUUACGGAUCCAGCGAUCAAACGGCGGCUGGUUUACGAGCUGGAGUAGGUGGUCGUUUGAACGUAGACGUUCGACAUGACAGAGAAUGGCCACCGGCAGCGAUGAACAAGAGUCAAUCUUGUGAAAAUAUGGGCGAUGAAGGAGUCUGUUAUCAAGCUGGUGAUACUCGGAUCAACCAGAAUACCCAGCUGACCGUUUUGCAGAUCAUACUACUUAGGGAGCAUAAUCGCGUCGCUGAUGCUUUAGCUCACAUAAAUCCACACUGGACAGAUGAAACUAUUUACCAGGAGGCUCGACGAAUUUUGAUCGCGGAACACCAGCACAUUUCGUAUUACGAAUGGCUGCCCAUAUUUUUGGGUUUCGAUGCGACGUAUGGUAACAAGAUUUUGUACAACACGAAAGAUUUUGUGGACGACUACGAUCCAAAAGUGAAUCCAAGCACCAUAAACGAACAUUCGACAGCUGCCUUCAGAUACUUUCAUUCUCUCAUUGCUGGCUAUCUCAACUUGGUGAAUAAACAUCGGUAUUCCAAUGGCGCUCUGAGGCUUAGCGACCAUUUCAACAGACCGGAAAUUAUUGAACAAAAUAACAAUAUGGAUGAUCUUACAAGGGGAUUGUCUUAUCAACCGCAAAAAGCCAGCGAUCAAUUUUUCGAUGAAGAGAUUACACAAUACUUAUUUAGAAACGGACAACCAUUAGGCUCUGACCUCCGAGCAACUGACAUUCAAAGGAACCGUGAUCAUGGCCUCGCAUCCUACAACAGUUUCCGAGAACAUUGCGGCUUACCCAGAGCGAAACACUUCUCCGACUUUACGGAUUACAUUUCUCCCUCGAACGUGGAAAAACUGUCGGAGCUGUACGCCAGCCCCGACGACGUGGAAAUAACUGUCGGGGGAUCGUUGGAACAACAUAUACAAGGGACUUUGACGGGUCCUACGUUUUUGUGCAUUAUGGUUAGGCAAUUUUACCAGACGAGAGUGGGGGAUCGGUAUUGGUACGAAAGGGGUGAUCAUGAAUUUGGGUUCACUAUAGAGCAAUUAAACGAGAUUCGAAAAGCGAGCAUAUCCAGGUUAUUCUGCGAUAACGGGGAUCACAUCACAGAAAUGCAGCCGAGAGGGUUCGAACAAGUAUCUUCAUCUAAUCCCAUCGUAAAUUGCCAAAACAUUCCAUCGGUGGAUCUCUCGCUGUGGAAAGACUUUGCGCCGGAAUUGGAGAAACAUCGAAGUAUAUAUGAUUUCAAGAAGUAAAAUGUAAUCGAUUGUUUUGCCCGAAAAUUUGUUAUCGUAUUACCAAAUAUGUGUUAGUUUAAUACAAUUAGGUUCAUACAGUAAGUAUUAUUGAUUAAGCUAAUAGUCGACAUAAGAUUGUUGUAAAAACUGUUUCGUGAAUAAUUAAUAAAAUGUAUUAUUUUUUGUAACCUUUUA